UUCGCGUCUAAAGUGGGACGAGCCGUGUGACCCGGAAGUACACCGAACGCUUCGCUGUCGGUCCGAUAGAUGACAUGGCGCUGCGCGGUCUGCAUUGUGUAGUUCUCCUCGCUUUGGCGCUGGGCGCCCAGGCCUUGACCCCAUCCCAUCACCUGUCCCCUGCGGACCUGGACAGACUCAAAGCCUUCCUGAACCAGCCCUUUACAGACCUGGAGUCGGCGUACUACUCCAUUGUGGGCCUGAGCAAACUGGGCAUCGCCGUGUCCGACGAGCACGCUGCAUGUCAGUUUCUGAAGUCCCAGCUAGACCCAUCCAACAUUGACUCGCUCUUCUUUGCUUCUGAAGCCAGCCAAGCGCUUUCAGGAUGUCAGAUCCCCCUGUCCAAUGAGACCCGUGACCUCCUCCUUGCGGCCGUGAGUGAAGACUCCACCAUGUCGCAGAUCCAUCGCUCCGUGAGCACGCUGAGCUCUCUGGGACUUCCUGUGGCCUCACAGGAGGUGGUCAGCGCCCUCACCACACGCAUCACCAAAGAAGACAAUGUUUUGGCGAUAAUCCUGGCCCUGCAAACAGCUUCUCGUCUGUCCCAGCAGGCUGAGCUGGGUGGAAUCCUGGAGGAAAUUGAGGACCUGGCUGCCAGGCUGGAUGAUCUUGGUGGCAUUUACCUUCAGUUUGAGGAGGGCCUGGAGGCCACAGCUCACUUUGUGACAGCAGCCUAUGCCCUGUCUGAUCAUGUGGACAUAGAACCACCUCUGAAAGAGGAUCAGGUUGUCCAGCUUGUGAACUCUGUCUUCAGUAAGAAGUCCUGGGACUCCCUGUCCGAGGCCUUCAGCGUGGCCAGUGCUGCCGCCGCAUUCUCUGGCAACCGCUUCCACAUCCCAGUGGUGGUCACUUCCCAGGGUCCAGCUGCUGUGUCCCACCGCCAGCCUAUGCUACAGCUUCAGGUCACCGACAUCCUCUCCCAGCCCCUGCCCUCCAUCAGCGUGCAGGUGGAGUCUGCGCACGCUGUUGCUUCCAAAAGUGUUGUCCUCAGUCAGGCGCCCUUCACACUCAGAGAUGGGAUCUUUGAACUGAACUUCAUGGACAGCCAGCCAGCCAGCGGUUAUUACCAAUUCGCUGUAGCGGUUACUGGAGACAGCCGCUUGGUGGCCAACCAUGUGGAGAUGAAAGUGAAGGUUUCCACUGAGGUAGCCAUCAAUAACAUGGAUCUGUCUGUGGUGGACAAGGACCAGAGCAUUGGCACCAAAACGACAAGGGUGGAGUAUCCCUCCAAAGCCAAGACCUCGUUCACUGCAGACAGCCACCAGAACUUUGCCAUGUCCUUCCAGCUGGUGGAUGUAAACACUGGGGUGGAGCUGACACCUCACCAGACGUUUGUUAGGCUUCAUAACCAGAAAACCGGUCAGGAGGUCGUAUUUGUGGCUGAGCCAGACAGUAAGAACGUGUACAAGUUUGAGUUGGACACGGCUGAGCGGAAGUCCGAGUUCGACUCUAUCUCUGGCACAUACGCACUCUACCUCAUUGUGGGCGAUGCUACGCUGGAGAACCCCAUUCUCUGGAAUGUGGCUGAUGUUGUACUGAAGUUCCUGGAUGAGGAAAUCCCUUCUGUGAUCCAGCCAAAAAACCUUUACGUGCCCAAACCAGAGAUCAAGCAUCUCUUCCGGGACCCAGAGAAGAAACCCCCAACUGUGGUUUCCAACACUUUCACUGCCCUGGUCCUCUCCCCACUGCUGCUCCUGUUCAUCUUAUGGAUCAAACUUGGUGCAAAUAUCUCAAAUUUUAGCUUCACUCCAAGCUGCAUCCUCUUUCAUCUGGGUCAUGCAGCUAUGCUGGGCCUCAUGUACGUGUAUUGGACCCAGCUGAACAUGUUCCAGACCCUCAAGUACCUGGCCAUCAUUGGCAGCCUCACCUUCCUGGCAGGAAACCGCAUGUUGGCCCAGAAAGCUGUCAAAAGACUUGCAAGUAAAUGACCACCGAAAAUAUAAUGGAAGGAUGGAUGAAAGCAUUUUUUUUUGUUAGUUUUGAACAAUGGGGAUAGGGCUUUCUGGCAGUUUCUGUGGCAUGUGAAGUGUUUGGAAUGCAUUUCUAAGUCAGACCUUUAUUCAGAACGAUCAGUGACUUAAAUUGCUGAGGUUUCAUUUCACUUUAUGAUAGGUGUCCAAAUACAGUAACGGGUCAUGUCAUGAGGCAUUCAGUUCCAAAUGUCUUAUGCAUUAGCUUUGGUUGAGGAGGGGGGGAGACUGAUAGACUUUUGAUCUGUUAAGAUCACUUAUGACGUGCUUUUUUUUUUUUUUUUUUUUCCCCCCCUUGUAUAAAUGUAAACUUUACAGUGGGCAGCUUUUUUGUAUUAAGAUAAAAGAUUAGGGAAGCUGUAAUUUUUCUACUUAUUUUUACAUUCCUGUUGCGUAAAUUGCUGGUGCCCACUCUGCAUGCUGCAACAGAACUGCAAUGCCCAUGCAAUUUCAUCACACGCCAAUAAUGGGCUCAUAUUUGAAGACGUGUCUGUAUCGUGCCCUUCAGCCCCCCAACCAAAAAAGAGCCCAGCUCAAGAUCGUAAACGUAAUAUGAAUGAGAGGGUUUUUUUGUGAUUGAAGAAA